AUGUCAACCGAGGAACAGAAAGACAUGAAGAGACGUGCCAAGCGCCCAAGGGUUGAUCCGAAUCUCUGUUCAGAUGACUCCCAGAACCCAGAUGCAAUCGCACCUGCAAACAAUCCAGCAGUUGAUACCAGUGUGAUGGCCAGCUGUUCCUCAGGAUCAGAUGUGCAAGAGGCCAGGCAACCUGUUCAGAAGAGGAUACAGGAUUUCAAAGGUGGCAUUACCCAGUCCCUUCUGGCAAAGAGGAAGCAGUUUGCAAAGGAUAUAAAUGACUCUUUCAGAAGCCUGAACGAAAACCUCCAGAGCAUUUUCAAAACCCAGCAGAAGUCAAGGCAGGAGCUUCACUCCAUACACUCCCAGAUGUUUGAGUCCCUGUAUCAGAAGUGGCUGGGCGAUGUGGUGAGAGCAAGGGAGCAAGAAGAACGCCUCAAUCUUAUAGCUCAGCAGCAGGUGAAGGUGUUGCAGAAAGCUGUAGAGGAUCAUGAAACCAAGAUGGAGAACGCUAAAGAUAUGUGUGACACAUUUUUGAAGGUCUGGUAG